AUGGGAGCCAUGGCCAAGAAUGAGACGCAGAACAGCCAGGCGAAACCAGGGGAGGGCAAAAUCUCCUCGAGGCAGACGCCGCCCGAGGAACACCACGCCAGUGCUAUCGUCCACCUGGAGGCCUGUCUCAACAACGGCCCCCAGUCCGUCCACAAAAGCCGUGGAGCUGUGACAGUCGCGGCCUAUAAAGCUCCGAACAAGCGCGAGGUGUAUCUCCAGAUCGUCUGUUCCGCCGCGAUCGUUGCUGCGGAGAGUACAAUCUUAACAAGCACCGGACCUUGGCCGCCGUCCAGAGGGACGGCCAGUAUGACGCUCGGCCCCGGAAUCGACAUUCCGGCAAAGAUUCGAACGACCGAGUUCACGUACCUGAAGAGGAAGACCAAAGGAACCCUGCGGCUACACAUAGAGCAGGAAGCCAAGGAGCUGAACGAGCUAAACACCAGGAUCUGUCGCCUUGAGCACUUGCAGCGAAUCCGCAACACCAGAAACCAGGUGGGAUCGCUGCACGAUGGGAGUGGCGAGUGGCCCCAGAGAAUUGCUCACAGGAGCACGCACUUCGUGGACAAGACGUCUCUCAAGAGACCAUGUCCGGCAUUGAACGCCCCGAGGGAGACACUACUGCGGCCAAGCCUGAUAUUGAAAGGUGCAGAGGCACCUUCCACGGGCAUGGAAAAGGGCGAUGUGACCGCCGAGGAGGCACCCUCGACGGCCAAGACCAAGAACGAUCCCCUGGCAGAGAGGGUCCUCGCCAUCAAGAUGGCUAUGCUUCCCGGCAUCAUUGAGUGUCCUAAUGCAUAUCGCGAGGCCCCUCAAGAGAACAUGUCCGGCAUUGAAAUCUCCAAGGGCGCCGUUGCCGCCGCCGCUGCUGAGGCGGAGCCUGAUGUUGAGGCUGCUGAGGGUCCUAUUCACGCCAGUCGUGGCGCUCGUGAUACCACCGUCGAGGCCGCCCGGGCCAAUGAGAAUGCCGACCUGGGGGCGGCUCUGAGUGCUCGUCGUGCCACAGCAACCUUCGACACAACAGCAACACUGGCCGACAGCGACACCGCCACCACGAAUACCACACCACUGUCUCCGUGUCGGAGGCGCAUCACUCGUGGCGCACCUAUGGCCGUUUUCGCGGAGUGCCACUCGUACCGAGCCAGGCACAAGGCUAUGGGCAGUUUCCAAGCAGACUUCGCAACGAUGCAAGGGCUGAACCAGGGCUGUUUGAAACUCUUCCACCAGAUAAUCCCUCCUGGACGUGUAUUCAAAAGAGAAACACCACGAGGCCCCAACGUGGAGCCCACAACACGCUCCAAGUCAAAGCCGAGCCCAGGUGGGAUCUGGAUUGCAGUUGGGGUCCUCAUCGGCCAUAGGGCCGAAAUAACGACAACAUGUCUGGUUUGGAAGGAGAUGGUCAAGGCAAACACUACCCAAGAACGAUACCAAGUCUGGAAAGUCAUGCUCCAGACCAUGGACCCUACCUCAAAGCCAUGGUACUGGAAGGAAGACAUCCAGAAUGCCACCAACGUUGGUAAUUCCCAUCGAGGGCAUUUCUCCAUCAACGACCCGGACGACGGCGACGAGAUCAAGGACGACCGCCACAAGAAGACUUUGGAGGCCGCAGAGCGCAAGCUUCCCGCCAUCAAGCGGGGUGAGGGCGUGGUCGAUGAUGACAUGCCCACCCAGCAGGAGUGGGAGGACAAGGGAGACCAAUCAUCCCAGGAUCCCAGCAGAGCACCCCUGAGCACCCCUGAGGCCCAGCAUCAGAGUGGCAGCGCGACGCCCGAGUCCAUCACUCCCAACGACUGCGGUGGCUCUUCUGGCGCCUCCGACAACGACAGUACGCUCAAGGUUCCCCCUUCAGGCCCAGAGGAGCCUGACGACACCACUAAAGAAUCCAUCGAGUACAAAGGCAUUGGAGGUGCUAUCCAGAAAAGCCUGGAGAGGCUUCAGCAAGGGCACCCGUUCAAGUUCAAGAGGACAAUAUCAAAGUCCCCGAUGAUAUCCGCGAAGUCCCCCAGCUUGGAUUGA